AUGCCUCGAAUUUCAAAACAAGCCCGACAUUUAAAAAAAGCUCGUGAAAUUGAAGUGAAGAAGUUAGAAGCAAUGAAAAAUGACAAAAAACGAAAAAUUGAUAAGAUUUUAAAUUAUAUGGAUGAGCCAAAACUUGAAAAUACUUUAGAAUUGUUAAUAAGACUAAAUAAUACUAAUUCUGGGAUAGCAUUAAGCAAAGAAGAUAGGCAACGAAUGGAUUUAAUUUCUUCUGUUCAACAAUUAUCUGAUAAGGAAAUUUCAGCAGCAAAUCAUCUUAUUACAACUAUGUGUUAUCCCAAAGGUCCAAAUGAAAGCAAACUUAUUUCUCCUUAUCUUCAAAAUAUGGCAAUUAUGGCCUCAUCAUUUGGAAUUUUAGUUGAUGAAUCUACACAAGGUGAAGCAAAAUACUUUGUUUUAUGUUAUCAAUUUUGGAAUCAGAAAAAUCAAAUACCCGUUAUAACUGUGACUCAUCUUGAGAAUAUUCCUAGAUGUAAUGCAAAUACUGUAUCUGAUACUGUUAUAAAGUAUAUACAACAAGAUGGUAUUUUUUUUGAUAAAUGUGCAUUAUGGGUAAUAGACAAUACAGCUUAUAUGUCAGGAGAAAAGAAG